AUGGCUGCUUCCUACACCUUUGAAGACCUUUCUGGCGCGACACCCACUGUAUCAGACAACCCGUACGACGGUCUGAUUGAAGCAUGCCACGAUAACUCUGUCGAAAUACAAGCUCGCUAUGAAACCCACCGUAGCAACCGAGGCGCACAACAGAAGGAGAAACUCACCUCUCCAGACUUUGCAGGUGUAACCGUCGAUACCAUUCUCGCAAAGCUGGAAGAUCAGACGAUCGAACCUGGGUUCAAGGAUCCGAGACAUUGCCUUGUGUUCUGGGCUCGUCCUCCGCCACAAGUCAAGGCUGUCAUUGCAGAGGUGCAGAAGAGACUCAAGGCAGUCGCACCCAAUCUCUGGAUCAUGCCACAAGACAGCUUGCACAUGACAGCCCUCGAAAUCACACACUCCCUCACCGCACCUGAGAUCGAUGAGCUAGUCGAGGAAUCUCGCUCGGGAAUCGCUGCUAUUACGGACUACACCUACUCACACCGCGCCCGCAUCGUAAAGCCAUCUCUCUCCUACGACGCCCAAGCCUUUGCUCUAUCCUUCCUUCCUGCGGCCGGUGAGCCCUCUACAGUGGAUCCAUCCCGCAAACCCGAGGAUGAUGAUUUCACAUAUCACCACUUGCGACGUGAUCUCUAUGCUUUGACCUCUGCCACUGGUGUCAAGGUUGCGAGUAGAUAUGUUGUACCUUCGGCCCACUUGACAGUGGGUCGUUUCAUCAAGACUUGCGAUACCGAAACUGCAGAAGGCAAGGUCGACCAAGCUCGCAUGAAGGAGAUAGUCCAGGUAGUCGAUGAGAUCAAUGACUGGCUCAAGACCGAAUUCUGGCCUGUAGAUGGCCAGGGAAUCAAGACUGGUGGUGAGUGGAUCGUUGGUGAAGGGAAAGGUCUCGAUAACCGUAAAGGUGCUCUCUGGUACGGCUCUGGUGGCGAGACCAUCAGAUUGGGCAAGGGAUUCUGA